AUUUUGGUAAAAAUGUAAACGGGCCGAUCUUCUAUUUUGACCAAGCGGCGGGUGAACAGUAAAUAGGUCAUUUUUGAAACGGUUAAACACAUUUAAAAGGCAGUAUCAUUACAGGUUCGUGCUAAUUACAGGAAUUUUAAUGAUUUGGCAAACUGUUAAAGGAUUUGUCCUUAUAAACGGGGAGUUUGGUUUGUUUUUCUAAGCGGCGUUUGUCUUGGCCUGAUCGCUAAGCCAGGCUCCUGAACCACAGUCGACUGACUUUGAAGGGAUCGCCGAGGAAGAGGUUACCUGUGUUCUGUGUCUACGGCUCACCCUAGCCUAGGCCUAGGCCUCGGAAGCCGUAACAAAGUGAAAAUAUUCAGUAUCACUUGAUUGCCUAUAUUGACUUGUAUAUGCAAGGAACUACGUUUUCUGAUAAUUUUAUGAUGGAUUUUAAACGACAUUUGUUUGUCACACAGGCAUGAAUGGGGAGAUUCCUUAAUCUUCGCAUUUCCAUCAUCAUCAUCUGCAGAAAUUAAAAAAGUGAAACAGAUUUUACUUUUUAAAAGGCGAUGAUGAAGGGGUUUUUGAAGAGUAAUGAGAGUGUGCUGCCAUUGUCUCCUACAGUGACAGUGAUUGGACGGGAAAAAUGUGACAUUGUUAUUGCUUCAACGGUCAUUGAAGCACAGCAUGCGAUUAUUGAGUACAGUGAGCAAGAGACAUGUUUCGUACUCCAGGAUCUGAACACCGCACAUGGUACUUACGUCAACGAAUGCCGCGUCCAGAAUGCUGCUGUACGUCUGUCCCCGGGUGACAUAAUUCGCUUUGGGUAUUGUGGAACACCAUACCAAUUGGAUGUUGAGAAUGCGCCUCAGGUGUCGUGUCCACCUGUACAACAGCAUGCUGCAUGGAAUUCACAGCUUACAAUGAUAAACCACGAGGUACCAUUAUCAUCGCAGGAGUCUUUACCGCAUCUGAGUUCUUACAGCACUAUUGACUCGAAAGCUGGUUCACAGUCGCAGUUGCCAGUGAUCAGUGCUGCAUAUUCGGUACCAGGUGUUUCGUCUCCCACGUCAUCAGCUUGGCAGUCUACAACGCCGUGGCCACCUACUAGCCAGCCUGUUAAUGUAAACAUGGCUCCAAGACCACCAAAACCGAGGCCAUCAAGUGCGGGCACACGACGUGGUAGUGUCGGAGGAGUCAAUGUUAUUACACAGGCUAGCCCAACUAAUAGUCCCCUGCCCCCGAGGAGAGUGACCAGUGGCUGGGUGAGUUCUGCCGGUGCACGGACCAUCCUCACAUCCCAACAAAAUCUUAGCAGUAGUCCAAACACACGGGCAUCGCCGGUGAACGAAAUGAUGGCCCUACAUGAAAAGGAGCAAAAGAUGUUACGUAUGGGAGAUGAGAUCAACCGUUUAGCAGUGUUUGAAGCCGAGUCCCAGCGCAAGGAUAGUGUUAUUGGAUCGUUACGUGAUGAAGUCAACAGAUUGCAACUACAAUUACAAGAAGCCAGUAGAACUGUAGUACCUGAUAGCAGCUAUGAGCAACAUGUCAAAACUCUAGAGGGCGAUGUUCGUAUGAAAGAGCUUGAAAUCAACGCCCUUAGACUUCAGAUGUCCAAGAUGAGACCGGAAAGUUCUGAUCCAAUGGAGAAUUUUGCAACCCUACGAAGCAUUUUAAACACACGUGAGAAGGAGUUAGUCGUGUUGAAACUUGAAGUAGAAAAGAUGAAGAAAGAUCGUGCAUCGACAGCAACAUUGUUGACAUCCUUAAACCGUGAUGUGAAUAAUAAGGAGACGAUGGUGAACAGGUUAAAGGGAGAGAUAGAGAUUGUAAAAAGGGAGCUAAGAGAGAAAGAUGUCUCAUUAUCUGCAAUGACAGCAAAGUUCUCGAGAGUAAGAGAAACAAAACGACAUGAAGAAGAAAUGGCGGGAAAGAAUAAGGAAAUAAUCACUUUAAAACACCAAACUCAGAUAGAAAAUAGGAACCGAGAAGAACUUGAAAAACAAGAUAAACAACUUAUCUCAAUGAAGAGUAAAUUAAAAGGAUUAGAAAACAAAUUGGAGGAGCAGACGAACAUAAUAGCAAAUAAACAGCAGGAGAUUGAUGAAAUGAAGGCUGACGCAAGUAAAGAAAAACAGGUUCAUGAAAAUCUGAAAUCAGAGGCAAACCAUUCAAAAACUCAAUUUGUAGAAAUGCAGAAAGCCAAGAUAACAGCAAAAGAAAAGGCAGAAGAAGCAGAAAAGAAAUAUGAGCGUCUUCGUUCCCGCAUCCUCCAAACAACGCUGUCUGCUCCGGGUUUUAAGAUGCCAGAUGUUGAUGAAACAAAUGAUGAUAUCCUUGUGGAUACGAUGAAGAAGCUUAUCAACGAUCGAACCGAAGUGAAAAAUAAAAUGAAGGAGAUGAAGGAAUCAGUAAAAAGUCAUGAAAACUACAAGAAAGAAGCUAAAAAUAGCAUCAAGGCUCUUAAACAACAUUUAACCCAAUCAGAGAAACGUUUACAAGAUGGUGGUCGAACUUGCAGUCAUUUACGAGAUGAAGUCAAACUCCUUCAGUCAGUCACGGUCGACGAAUCUCUCCAGGGUGUCAGGGAUACCAUUGCGAUGAUAAUGCAGGAUGAGUUGUCAUGGCAACAAGAGUAUGAAUCUGCUCUUGAGAAAUGUGGAUGGGAUGUAAAAUCAGCUGACCAGAAUAUGAGUAAGUUUAUUUUGGGACUGAAGUCCAAAUGUGAUUCACUACUCAAAGACAAGGAGCUCAUUUCCACAAAACUUAGUACAAUUGAGACGAAGGUUCGAUCGGAAACGCAAACUGAAAUACAGAAGCUGACUACAGAGCACAAACACACUUUAGAUGACACUCUAGAGAAGUUGCGUUUGGAAAACGAAAAGAAGUUGCAAGCAGCUUUAGAAGAAAAUAAACAAAUAGAAGAAAAGAAACAUAAAGAAGUUCAACAAUCGAACCAAUCAAAGAUAAGACAACAAGAGGAAAGCUUGCAGGAACUCAGAAAGACUCUUGUUGAGAAAAGUUCCAAUGAAGAGAGACUUUCACAAGUUGAAAAAGAGCUGAGAAAUGAGAUUAAAAAUUAUAUUGAAAGUGAGGGAAAGUUAAAAGAGGACCUGAUUGCUAAAGAUCAAGCAAUGAAGGGUGAGGCAGCUAAACUGGUGGACCAGAUCACAGAGUUAAAGGAAUCACACACAAAGGAGGCAAAAGCAUUCAAAGAGCAGAUUCAUCAACACUCACUCACAAUUGUCUCACAUGAAGAGAAAGUUACUAAGUUCAGCAAGGAAAUUAAAGACUUGAAGAAUGAACUACAUAGCCAUAAAGAACAAUUGGAAGAAAAGUCUAAACAGGCCAGAGAUGCCGUCGCUAAGCUGAGAGAAAAACAAGCAAAGGAGGCACUUUUAUCUGGAGCUAAGCCAAAGAUUCCACCUAAACCAGUACUCAUCAAUGGAGCAGUGCCCGAUGUAAUGGCCUUGGAACGUCUUGUUAAUGUUCUGAAGAAAGAUAACAUUGAGAUGAAGAAAGAGAUUCAGAAUCGUCAAGACAUAAUCAUUGGUUUGAGGAGAGAUCUUGCUGGGGCAUCUGCCAGAUUGUCUGAUCUGACAGGUGAACUGAGUGAAAAACAGAAACUUGAGAUUGAGAACAGCCGAGUUACGAUACGGCAACAGGAUGCAGAACUCUCAACACAACGACAACAACUUAUGAAGUUGUCAGAACUUGUAGACCAGCAGUCUGCCAAGAUUACCUCAAUGCAACAGGAACUUGACACUCAAAGUGAAGAGCUAUCUGGGCACAAAAGCAAACUGACGAGCUCAGCAGAUGAAGUCCUCCAGUUACGCAAUCAACUUGUAGCUGAACAGGAAAACAAAGCGAAGGCAUUGCAACAGGUUCAGCAAGAGGGUUUGAUCACAAGUGAGUUGUCAUCUGUCGGUGCUCAAUGUCGUGGAGAGAGGCAUGACCAAGUAAUCUCCAGACAACGAGAGGCUCUUGCAGAACUCAGGUCAAGGAUCAAAGGUCUGGAGGUCAACAGGCCACCACAAACAAUUUCUAAUAUUGUUGGCACAGAUUCGCUGAUUGUUGUUCCAACUCAUGACCAGGCCCUCCAACAGGUAAUCCUUCUGAAGAGGGAGCUCGCUGAAUUGAGAGCAAAGCAAGCUCAGGUCUUUGAUACUAAAAACGUUACGGCAGAAUCUAUACUUGAUCGUGAAGUGGCCCGUGUUAGGGGUUCACUAAACACCAUGUCUGGUUCAUCGACAGCAAUUGAGAGAAGCGUCCGGGUUGAGGUUCAACAGGCCAUGGAGCAUAGUGAAAGGACGUAUUUAGACCUUGCACAAUCCUGUGCAUCUGUACUAGGCCUCGGUGAAAUCAGCGGUCAAGAAAGCAUGGCGCAUCUACCACAGGAUGAGCGUGAACGACUUGUAAAAGAUCGAGAACGUGCCAAUGAAAUCAUCGCCAGUAGAAUCAAAGUACUGAACCAACGUCUUGAUAGGAAAGAUGAGAUCCUACGGGAUUAUGAGAAGGAUCUGGAAAGGUUACGAGAAGCAGAGAAAAUUGCCGGAGAAAAAUCCAAUCAAGUAGAAUCCUUAGCUAAUGAUGUUAGAGGUCGCUCAGAAGAGACCCUGUAUUUGCGGGAAACACUGCGAAGAACACGACAUCAGCUUGAUCAAGAGAAGCGUCUCAAUGGAGCAAUCAAAUCCAAAAAGACAUUCCAUCUGGAAAAUGAUGAAAAAUCACCUCAGAUGUGGCCCAAGCAUAAAUGCUUUGAAGAAGUGAAACCAAAGAAAGAAGCCAAAUCCAAAGUUGCCAAGAAUAAACUUAUUCGUAAAAACUAUGAAAUUGAAGCACUAAAAGCUGAGCUAAAUUCACGAGAGGACCAGCUGUGUGAUACGACAACUCGUCUCAUCAACUUAGAAAAUGCAAUUGGUCUUGCAAAUUAGGUGAAAAUUAUCUUCAGCAGUCAACACAAAGGAAGAAGAGCCGAAACAAAAGCUCAAGAGAUAGCGUAGAUUUCUGUUGUAUGAGUUGAGAGAAGCUGUUGAUGGGAAAAGGAUCAGGGGUAAUGUAGAUACAUAGGCGUAGGAGACAAGGGAAGUCCUCAUAAGAAGGAUCAAGUAUUAUAGCACUGAUAGCCUGUCAAUGAUCUGGCAGUACCAAGAAGAUCUAAAGCUGGACAAUAUAUUUUUUGUUUUUAAUAUUUCUUUAUAAAGUUUGUGGAUGGAAGGUGUUCUAUGGGAUAUCUCAUACAUGAUCUCGUACAUGGGUUACUGUACAGAAAGUAAGUGCACUAUUCAGCAUGGUAACAAAUAUGUUACUAAUCUGUGAUGAUUCUUAUUUGAAGACUUUCUUUAAUUCUACUGAUACUGAGGCGUGAAUAAGUAGAUUUGUGAUAAUUGUAGAGAGUGCCCCUUUUAUUUUACUGAUACUAAAAUGUUAAUGAGUAAAUUUCUGAUGAUUGUUAGAGAGUUUGACCCUUUAUUUUACUGAUACAAAAGUGUUAAGGAGUGUUAAGUUAUGAUGACUGUUAGAGUCCGCUUUAAUUUUACUGAUACAAAGGUGUUAAUGAGUAAAUUUGUGAUGAUUGUUAGAGAGUGCGGCCCUUUAAUUUUAAUGAUACUGAUGUGUUAAUUAGUAGAUUUGUGAUGAUUGUUCCAAAAUUACUGUGCAUAUUCAUUCCCUACAGUUAAACUAAUACCAUGUUAUAUUGCAUUUGUGUGUAAGAAUAGCACGUCCUGUGUAGAAUUCAUAUAACAAAAACAAGACAUAUGAUAGUGGCCUGAUAAUAGUUUGAAUGGAUCUUAGAUCAUGGUAAUGUGGUACAGCUUUCAGUGUCUUUUACUAUUGGCCUAUCACGAAUCUUCACUGUGUAUCGAUUUUACUGACCCUUAAUCCGGGCAUAUGCUGUGUUGUCGGCUGACGAAUCCAUUACUGCUCUCUGUAAGCACUUGACGACGCAUUGAUGUCCGCCUAAUAGUCACUGGUGGAUUAAACAUUGUUAUUAAAAACGAUUCGUUGUGCACA